AGCUGCAUGACUGGUUGAUUUUGUUUGCGAGUGUUUGGGUCAUUUAGCCGCAUUGAAAACUUGUACAUUUCGAGUUUCAAUUUGAAAAAAGAGAAUAAAAUCGUCCAAAUUUAACAUUUCCAAACAAAAAAAAUAGAAUGUCUCGUGGAAGCUCUGCAGGUUUUGAUAGACAUAUUACCAUCUUCUCUCCAGAGGGUAGACUUUAUCAAGUCGAAUAUGCCUUUAAAUCGAUUAAUCAAGAAGGUAUUACUUCGGUUGCCAUUAAGGGAGCCGACUGUGCAGUGGUCGCCACCCAGAAAAAGGUUACAGAAAAAUUAAUAGAUCCAUCGACAGUCACCCAUCUGUUUAGGAUAACCAAAAAUAUUGGAUGCGUUAUGACUGGUCGUAUUGCCGACAGCCGCUCCCAAGUGCAGAAAGCCCGCUACGAAGCUGCAAAUUGGCGCUACAAAUAUGGCUAUGACAUGCCAGUGGAUGUUUUAUGUCGCCGCAUUGCUGACAUUAAUCAAGUGUAUACCCAAAAUGCUGAAAUGCGUCCAUUAGGUUGCAGUAUGACUCUAAUAGCGUACGAUGAUGAAAAUGGACCAUGCGUUUACAAAACAGAUCCUGCCGGUUACUUCUGCGGAUACAGAGCCAUCUCUGUGGGUGUUAAACAACUGGAAGCCAAUAGCUAUUUGGAAAAGAAAUACAAACCCAAUUUGAAUGAAGAGAAAACCAUACAAAUGGCAAUUACUUGCUUAUCCAAUGUUUUGGCAGUUGAUUUUAAACCCAAUGGCAUAGAAAUUGGUAUUGUUAGCAAAGAUCGUCCAGAAUUCACGGUAUUAAAUGAAAAAGAGAUUGAAGAUCACCUAACUAAGAUAGCUGAAAAGGAUUAAAUUUCGGUGGAGGCGGUAUGACUAGUUUUGCUGCAUUCGAAAUGUAGCUAUAGUGAGAAGCUGUCAUCUUAAGAUAAGCUAUAUUUAAAUUUGUAAAACAAACUGUAAUGGAAACUGGAAUAAAACAAAAAAAUGUUUGCUUUUCUUUUUAUUAAAA